AUGCACAUUUUUAAAUAUAUAAAAUUGUUUAAACUAGUAUUUUGUACAAUGAAAAUAAUAAAUCUAGACAGCCUAUCCAAAACCGCUGCCAUUAGUGAUAUCCCUUCUUUCACUUGGUGUCGCGUGGUCUACUCUAGUGGAAGAUGUCGGCCCAUAAAACAUUUAAGAUAA